AUGAGAAAGGUGUUCGCGAAAGUUGGAGAUGACCUUGACGAGUUUAACAGGUUCAUAGAUGAGCAGAUGAACUCGCAUGUAAGUAGCAACUAUAAAGCAAGAAGUGUGAUGGAUAGUCUGAUUGGAAUAUGCAACGAUGCGGAAAAGACUGAAGGUUGUCCACUAAAAACAAAAACUGAUAUUAAGCGGAUGCUGUGUUGUUUAUUUGGGGCUGGCUAUGAAAACACCACUAACACAAUAUACUACUUGGUACUCUACAUGAUCAUACAUCCGGAAAUUCAGUGCAAAGUACACAAAGAGAUUGACCGAGUAGUCGGCAGAGAUCGACUACCGACACUUUCUGAUCGAGCAAAAUUGCCUUACACAGAUGCUGUCCUGCAGGAAGUUAUCCGUCAUGCGUCGCUUGCUCCGUUGACGAUACCAUAUUCGACCUUGAACGACACGCAUCUCCUUGGGUACACAAUCCCGAAAGAGACGCCUAUAUUCGUGAACCUGUGGUCUGUAAACUACGACGAAAACGAGUGGAAAGACCCACAUCGAUUCAACCCUGGUCGAUUUCUUUCUGACGACGGCUUGUCAGUGAAGAAAUCACAGGUGGCAAAGAUUGUUGCUUUUGGUUUAGGGAAAAAGCGAUGUCCAGGUGAGCAGCUGGCACAAUUGGAAUUGUUCCUGUUUUUCGCGAUUUUCAUGCAUCAGUGCCAAUUUGAAAAGUGUGAAGGUGACAAUCCGCAGUUGACAAGUGUGUAUGGGUUGACUUUACGACCAGUACCAUUCAGAGUUGUCACGAAGCAAAGAGGACCAGUACUAGGAAUGAAGUGAGCUACUAUUUUGAAUAACAGAG